AUGCAAAUGCAAAUCGGGAAGCUCAUCUUCACCGUUGCCGCUAUAUUAGCCGGACUAUGGUUGACUCGUGUGGAACCCAAAUACAUAGCAUACAACACAACCUCGGGAAUCGUACCAGAUAUAAUCAACGUGCAUCUGGUCCCUCACUCUCACGAUGAUGUUGGCUGGUUGAAGACAGUUGAUCAGUACUUUGUCGGCGCCAACAAUUCCAUUCGAGGAGCGUGUGUCCAGAACGUCUUGGAUUCUGUAAUCGCAGCACUAUUAGAUGACAAGAACAGGAAGUUCAUUUAUGUUGAGAUGGCAUUUUUCCAAAGGUGGUGGAGGCAGCAGAGUGAGACGCUGAAGACCAAAGUCAAGGAGCUUGUUAACUCUGGUCAACUUGAAUUCAUAAAUGGAGGAAUGUGUAUGCAUGAUGAGGCCACCACCCAUUACAUUGAUUUGAUUGACCAGACCACUCUUGGUCAUCGUUUUAUAGAAAGUGAGUUUGGCCAGAAACCAAGAGUUGGUUGGCAGAUUGAUCCUUUUGGACAUUCAGCUGUUCAGGCUUAUUUGCUUGGUGCGGAGCUGGGAUUUGACUCGCUCUAUUUUGCACGCAUUGAUUACCAAGAUAGAGCUAAACGCAAAGAUGAGAAGGCUCUUGAGGUUAUUUGGCGGGGUUCCAGGUCCCUCAGUUCAUCGUCCCAGAUAUUCACAGGGAUAUUCCCCAUACAUUAUGAUCCACCUGAUGGUUUCACAUUUGAAAUAAAUGAUGUUUCCCCUCCCAUUCAGGAUGAUGAUAUGCUCUUUGAUUAUAAUGUUGAAGAACGAGUGAAUGAUUUUGUGGCAGCUGCUUUACUACAGGCCAAUGUAACCAGGACAAAUCAUAUAAUGUGGACUAUGGGAACAGAUUUUCGCUAUCAAUAUGCAGCUUCAUGGUUUAGGCAGAUGGACAAGUUUAUUCACUAUGUCAACAUGGAUGGGCGUGUUAAUGCUCUAUAUUCGACACCUUCCAUUUACACAGAUGCAAAACAUGCAGCAAAUGAGCAGUGGCCUCUCAAAACUGGCGACUUUUUCCCGUAUGCCGACCGUGAGAAUGCAUACUGGACGGGGUACUUUACCAGUAGACCAGCAUUAAAAAGAUAUGUCAGAGAGAUGAGUGGUUACUUUUUAGCAGCGAGGCAAUUAGAGUUCUUUAAAGGCAGGAAUAGUUCAGGACCAAGCACAGAUGCACUUGCUGAUGCUUUGGCAAUUGCUCAGCAUCAUGAUGCAGUUAGUGGUACCGAAAGGCAACAUGUGGCUUCUGAUUAUGCACUGCGACUUUCAAUAGGGUAUAAGGAGGCUGAGAAAGUGGUUGCAUCAUCACUGGCUCUGCUAACAGGCUUGAGAUUGAAUAUGACUUAUGAAGAUUCAAUCCCCGAGUUUCAGCAGUGUCCUCUGCUUAACAUAAGCUAUUGUCCUCCAUCAGAGGCUAAUUUGACUGAUGAGAAAAGCUUGAUCAUAAUUGCUUAUAAUGCUCUUGGAUGGAAAAGAAAAGAGGUCAUCCGAAUUCCUGUUUCUUCUGAGAGUUUGAUUGUUCUUGAUUCUGCUGGAAAAGAGAUUGAAUCCCAGCUUCUUCCUUUGUCCAAUGCCUCUUUACGCACAAGAACCUAUCAUGUCAAAGCACAUUUGCGUAGAUCAGCCAGUAGCUUAGCGAGAUAUUGGCUUGCCUUUUCAGUGACUGUGCCUCCUCUUGGUUUCAGCACUUAUGUUGUCUCAAGUGCCAAAAAGACAGAAUCAAGCUCAAUCAUCUCAACGCAAUUUACUCCAGAAGAAAAUAUCAAUAAUACUUUUGAAGUUGGCCAAGGAAAUUUGAAGCUACUUUACACUGUAGAUGAAGGAAAGCUCACACGUUACAUAAACAAAAGAAACUCAAUUGCAGCUUAUGCUGAACAGUCAUAUAGUUAUUACUCUGGCUAUAACGGUACUGAUAGAGUUUUCCAGGCAUCUGGGGCUUAUGUCUUCCGCCCGAAUGCGACAUUCCCUAUUAAACCUGAAGGCAAGGUUCCUUUGACUGUUUUAAGCGGCCCAAUAUUGGAUGAAGUACAUCAUCAGCCUAAUACAUGGUUACAUCAGGUAACCAGGGUAUACAAGGAAAAGGAACAUGCUGAAGUUGAAUUUACUAUUGGACCUAUACCUGUGGAUGAUGGAUUUGGAAAAGAAAUAACGGCUCAAAUUAUAACAUCCUUGAGUACAAAUAAGACUUUCUAUACGGACUCAAAUGGGCGUGAUUUCAUUAAAAGGAUCCGAGACCAUAGAUCUGACUGGGACCUGGAAAUACACCAACCAAUUGCUGGCAAUUAUUACCCCAUAAAUCUUGGUAUCUAUCUGGAGGAUGAAAGUAUGGAAGUUUCUGUGUUGGUGGACCGUGCAGUUGGUGGGUCAAGUCUGGUGGAUGGCCAAAUAGAGCUGAUGCUUCAUAGGAGGCUGCUUAAUGAUGAUGCAAGAGGUGUAGGUGAGGCACUUAAUGAAGAAGCCUGCGUUCUUGACAAUUGCAAGGGUCUGACGAUUCAAGGGAAAUUGUUUAUGAGAAUUGAUCCUCGAGGUGAAGGGGCCAAGUGGCGCCGCACAUUUGGACAAGAGGUUUAUUCUCCACUUCUACUUGCAUUUUCUGAAGAGGAGAUAAAUAAGUGGAUGGGUUCCCACAUAACUAUGUUUUCAGGUAUCGAUCCGUCCUAUACUUUGCCCAACAACAUUGCAGUGAUUACACUUCAGGAACUUGUAGGUGGCAAAGUUCUUCUUCGGUUGGCUCACUUAUACGAGGUGGGCGAGGAUAAAGAUUACUCAGUGCUGACUAGUGUGGAACUGAAAAAGCUCUUCCCUGACAAGAAGAUUAUCAAGGUCACAGAAAUGAAUUUGUCAGCCAACCAAGAAAGAAGAAAGGUGGAGAAGAAGAGGCUAGACUGGAAAGUUGAAGGCAUUCCGGAAGAACUCACUGUAGUGAAAGGAGGAGUUGUUGAUCCUGUAAAGCUAGUUGUAGAACUUGCUCCAAUGGAGAUACGAACAUUUGUCAUUGAAUUUGAUUACCUCAAAACUUUUGCUUCUUGA